AUGAAGACGCUACUGACCUUCCUGACCGUGGGAUCUCUGGCUGCUCACGUUACUGAAGACACACCAGGUCUCCUUCACCACGUGAAAUUCCAGUCCCAAAACUUCGAAAGCAUCCUGAUGUGGGACAGCGGACCCACGAGCCCUCCAGACACGGUCUACAGCGUGGAGUAUAAGACGUACGGACAGAGACAGUGGCUGGCCAAGGCAGGCUGCCAGCAGACCACCAGGAAGUCCUGUAACCUGACCAUGGAGACGGGCAACCUCACAGAGCUCUACUAUGCCAGGGUCACUGCCCUCAGCCCAGGAGGCCGCUCGGCCACCAAGAUGACCGACCGGUUCAGCCCGCUGUACCACACUACCAUCAAGCCACCAGAUGUGACCUGUGUCCCCAAAGUGAGGUCCAUCCAGAUGAUGGUCCAUCCAAUGCCUACACCCAUCCUUGGGGAAGACGGCCACCAGCUCACCCUGGAGAAGAUCUUCCAGGACCUGUUCUACCGCUUAGAGCUUCAGGUCAACCGCACCUACCAAAUGCACCUUGAAGGGACACAAAGAGAAUAUGAGUUUGUUGGCCUGACCCCUGACACAGAGUUCAUUGGAGUCAUCACAAUUUCGGUUCCAACCUGGUCAAAGGAGAGCGCUCCCUACGUGUGCCGAGUGAGGACGCUGCCUGACCGAACAUGGACCUACUCCUUCUCUGGCGCUGUGCUAUUCUCCAUGGGUUUCCUGGUCGCUGUGUUCUGCUACCUGAGCUACAAAUACAUCACGAAGCCUCCUGUGCCUCCCAACUCCCUGAAUGUCCAGCGAGUGCUGACCUUCCAGCCUCUGCGUUUCAUCCAGGAGCAUGUGUUGAUCCCCGUCUUGGACCUCAGUGGCCCCAGCAGUCUGGCCCAGCCCGUCCACUACUCCCAAGUCAUGGUCUCCGGGCACAGGGAGCCCCCUAGGGCCCCACGGUGGCACAGCCUGCCUGAGGUCCACAACUUAGACCAGCAAGACAUCUCCAUCCUUCAGCCCACCAACAGGCCACCUCAACAGACUCUGUCCCCACAGCCGUACAUCCCAAAGACUGGCCCUGAGGGUGCAUCCCCAUCCUAUGCACCUCAGGUAGCCCCAGAAGCCGACACCCCAUUCUACACUCCACAGCUGGUGGUGAAAACCCAGCCUUCCUACGCCCCGCAGACUGCCCCGGACAGCUGGCCUGCUUCCUAUGGGGUGUUCAUGGAAGGUUCUGGGAAAGAGUGGGGUCCUGAGACCCUCUCCAGUUCCAAACACCUCAGGCCGAAAGAUCAGCACCAGCAAGAAGUGUCAACUGGAAGCUGUCUCCCAGAUGAACUUUCUCUACAAGGAGUCUCCUUGGCUGUGGGGGAGACCCCAGGAGCAAGCUCACUCCAUCUGCCUCUGGGACUUCCCACAGACAGAGGGCCUGACCUGAAUACAAUAUGCAGUGGGGACCUAGGGACACCACAGUACCUGAAAGGCCCACUCCCCCUCCUUGCCUCCGUCCAGAUCGAAGGCCACCCUGUCUCUCUCCCCUUGCACGCUCCUUCCCUUUCUAAUUCCCCAUUGGACCAAGAGCCAAGUCCCUGGGGCCUGCUGGACUCCCUUGUGUGUCCCAAGGACGAGGGUCCAGUGUCUGAGGCUGAGGCAGCGUGCCCAGGCUUUGGGGUGUCUGAGGCCGAGAGGCCAAUGGAACUGGACUCCUUUUUCAAAGGCCUGGCCCUGACCGUACAGUGGGAGCCCUGA